AUGAUAACUCGUCCUGGGAGUCUUAUUGAACUAAGAAUUCAAGAUAUUAAUGAAUUGAAAGAACGUAUACAAAGUAAACAGAAUAUGACAGGAGAAGUGUCAGCUACUACCUUUAUUAUUAAUGAUAAACAAUCAAAUAAUAAUAAUUCCAGAGCUCUAAAUAUACAAUAUUCUAGUGAUGUUAGUAAUAAUAAUAGAACAUAG